AUGCAUCAACUUCCUGGCAAUACUUGGCUUAUCGCUGUCAUGUUUUCUCCUCCUGACGCCUUAUCUCGUACAAUGCGCUACAGUCUUGAUUUGAUUAAGGCCCUAAGUCAAGGGCCACCACGUUUCAAUCUCCUGGCCACUAAAAAUCACAACGCCGAGGGUAUAGUCACUACCAGUCAUGCUACAAUCUCUGGAUGCCACAUCAAGACUCGCCUAUUGGCUGACCUAUUUGCGUGUCAACGCCGUAGAUUGGCUUUGAUUCGCUUUAUGAUUUCCACAUGUCUCCCACGACUUGGGGAGCUGGCACCCUGUCGUGGUGUUGGCUUUGAUGUCAGCACAAAUCUAGAUUCGACUGAGGUUGGAGGUGUAACUGCAGGAGGCGCUACUGCUGCGCCCUCUUCCUCCUCUGGUGUCAGCGAGGAGGAUGUAGAAGGUUCUGGUGGUGGUAAUAUACCCAUGCAUUCUGUUGAAAGAACUGAUGAACUUGCCGGGGAUGCUUUGCUGCUAGCCGUUUUUAACAACCUCGUUCUUCAGGCGGACGUUGCAAUGCUCCAACUCAAACAGAUAGCGGCAAGUGUAGAUAACGAUAUCGAAAAAGCUGCUUUUGGGGGACAUUUUGAUAAGGGUCAACGUGACGCGGAGCCUGGAGAUGACCUGUUGGCCCUUGCCUUUACCGGUCGCCUACCAGCACCUAGUCAGAUGCCGCAUGCCGACAGUCCUAAAGGACUUUAUUACUUUGAGUCUCUUCUCCUCGAUCGGGUCCUUCGUCAGCUGGCCAUCCUGGAAGCCGGCCAAUUUGCUGGCUGCGCCGAUGAGCGCCUUAUGGCCGUUUGCAUUAGCGCUGCCAGCGGUACCGGUGCCAGCUUCGGGCAGAAUGCCAGUCACACUAUUGGACUUCUUGCUGAGAUGUUAUGUCUUCUGCAGCCUAUGGUUAGCCAUCUAGUGCCUUUAUUUUCUCACAGUAUAUUUUUACCGCACGAUUGCGGAACUCAUUUACCUUUUCCGUAUACGAACGUAUAUGCUAUUCUGUUUAUUAUCAUUAUUAGUCAGUUAUCUAAUUAA